CACGGCGGUGUCAUCAUCUAUAGUAUAUUAGUGUGCUUGCGGGGCGGUGGCUGGCGGGCUACGUGCUUCUGAAUGCUCCCGUCUCCGCUGGCCUCAGGGCUUGGCCUCGAGCGCGGCGACGCGCGCCGCGAGCGCGUCGUGCGCCGCCUUGAGGGAGGCGACGUCCGCGGGCGGCGCCGGCGGCGAGACCGCGCGGAUCUUGGCGGCGUUGGCCUCGCCUUGCACGCCGGUCGAGCCGAAGCCGCCAGCGCCGCGCGCGGUCUCCGGAAGCGCCGAAACCUCCUCGAGCUGGGCGUCGAGGUGGACGCGCUCGAGAAUCAGCUGCGCGACGCGGUCGCCGGCGGCGACGGCGAAGUCCUCCUCGCCGUGGUUGAACAGCACGACGCCGACGGCGCCGCGGUAGUCCGCGUCGACGACGCCCGCGCCGACGUCGAUGAACUUCUUGACCGCGAGGCCGGACCGCGGCGCGAUGCGUGCGUAGCAGUCCUCCGGCGUCGCGAUGCUGAGGUCCGUCGCCACGAUCGCGCGGCCCUUGGCGGGCACGACGCAGGCCUUGGCCGCGGCGAGGUCCCAGCCGGCGGCGAGCGCGCUCCCGCGCUUCGGCAGCACCGCGGCCUCGCUGAGGCGCUGCACGUAGAGCGUGGGCUUCGACAUUGCGGUCGCCGCGGAGACAAGCAGGAAGUUCCGCGUGAUUGCGCUUGCGGUCGCCGGUGCCGCGGAGAGGUAGGAGGUCCUUUUGUGCUGAGCGCGCCUCGUCACUUGAAAUGGUAUGAAUCG